UUUCAGUGGCUACACUACAAAACAAACACUAUCGGCAGAGGCACCUGAAAAAAAUUUCAAGUUUCAUUCUCCGUUCUCCUACGACAGCGGUGUACGGCGGGGAUUUCACGGCAGCAACCAGUCUCUCCUUUUCUCCGGCAACCACCAGCAAGGGUAGGUUAUUGUAUAGAUAGAGUGAGGAGGAGAUGAACCCUAACCAUAAUCCACAAUCAAGCGAUGGAGGGAGGCAUGAUGACGAUGCUGCACUCACCGAGUUUCUUGCUUCGUUAAUGGAUUAUACUCCUACGAUACCUGAUGAGUUGGUGGAGCAUUACUUAGCCAAGAGCGGAUUUCAGUCUCCCGAUCUUCGAUUGACUAGAUUGGUUGCUGUUGCCACUCAGAAGUUUGUUGCAGAAGUUGCGGGUGAUGCACUUCAGCACUGCAAAGCAAGACAAGCAACAAUUCCAAAAGAUAAAAGGGACAGGCAGCAGAAGGAUAAGCGCCUUGUUUUGACGAUGGAAGACCUAACAAAGGCACUGCACGAUUAUGGGGUGAAUGUGAGGCACCAAGAAUAUUUUGCUGACAGCCCUUCUACUGGAAUGGAUCCUGCUACUCGAGACGAAUGACUCCAUGUUUAAUCAGGUUUAGGUUUCUACAUUCUCAUAGAAUGGCAAAAUUGCUGGUGGAAUGAAUUUUAUGAAACACAAGCCUAUAACAUUUCCAUGGAAACACCAAAAAUACUGCAAUUAUUCGCUACUGACAUCACAGUGCAUGUAAUCAAUUGUGAACUAGAUUAGCAAUGAACUUUCCUACUCUCUUUUUUUAAGAAAAAAAAGUAACUUUAUUGUAUCAUUUCCCCUUGCCCUUUUUCUUUCCUUGGAAUUAAUCUUUAAUCACAGCUGAAAUGAAUAUGCUUCUCUUCCUAAUAAUUGUUGUACCUAAAAAUUCAUCAAGUUCAACAUCUCAGGAGUUCAUUAAGUUCACUAUUAACCGCUCAUCCUAAUAAUCGGUGUAUGUAAAAUUUAACCUAAUGCAAGAUCUCAGUUUAUCAUA